AUGGGUUCUAACAAGAUGAGCACAAAAUAUGAACCCUAUAACUCUACACAAAUAUUCUCAUCACAGCAAGAAGAACACCAUCAUCAUCAUAAUCAAAAUCAAAAUCAAACCUUUCAUGACCUUAUAUUAUCUUUCUCAUCAUCUCCAUCAGUUGCCCAUGGAAGCUUCAACACCAUAUCAAACAAAGAUGGAGGUGCUUAUGAUCUUGGUGAGUUAGAUCAAGCUCUUUUUCUGUACUUGGAAGGUCAAGACCAGUCAACUCAAGAUCAAAGAGAGAAUUUGGGUGGUAUGAUGAGGCCACAACACACACUCAACAUCUUCCCUUCUGAGCCCAUGCAUGUUGUUGUUGAGCCAUCAUCAAAGGCAAAUACUACUGGAUUAGUUUGCUCCAAGGGACAAUCCGAGCCGUCCAUGGGUUUAUCAAACCCUAGAUCCAACGGCAUUAAUAGUGCUUCUCUUCCUGACCAAGCCAAAGCAGUUAAGGGAAAUAGAAAAGGGCCAACAACCUCAAGUUCAGAACAAGAUGGACCAAAAACACCAGACCCUAAGACAUUGAGGAGGCUUGCUCAGAAUAGAGAGGCAGCUAAGAAAAGCAGGCUUAGGAAAAAGGCUUAUGUUCAGCAGCUAGAAUCGAGUCGAUUGAGGCUGGCUCAGUUGGAGCAGGAGAUACAAAGAGCAAGAUCCCAGGGAUUUUAUCUUGGAGUAGCUGGAGAUCACAGUGCUCCUUUGGCUAUGGGCAACCUAACUUCAGAUGCCGCUUUGUUUGACAUGGAGUAUGCCCGGUGGCUAGAGGAGAACCACCGGCUGAUGGCGGAGCUCCGGCGAGCGGUGCAAGAACACCUGCAGGAAAACGAGCUUCGUGUUCUAGUGGACCACUUGCUGGCCCAAUACGAACAAGUGAUGGCCCUCAAGAGCAUGAUCGCAAAAUCCGACAUCUUCCACUUGUUUUCCGGCAUGUGGAAAACUCCGGCCGAGCGGUGCUUCAUGUGGAUCGGCGGUUUCCGGCCAUCCGAGAUCAUUAAGAUAAUCUUGAAGGAAAUCGAGCCGCUAACCGAACAACAAAUGGCGGGGAUUUGCGACCUGCAGCAGUCCACACAGGAAGCAGAAGAAGCACUUUCUCAAGGACUCGAAGCUCUCACUCAAACACUCACUCAAACCAUAAUAGCGGACUCUCUCAACAACAAUGUCCCGUCGAACAUGAACAACUAUAUGGCCCACAUGGCUCUAGCCGUCAACAAACUCUCGACUCUCGAAGGCUUCGUUCGACAGGGUGAUCACCUGAGGCACCAAAGCCUUCACCGGUUGAACCAGAUCCUGACGACCCGCCAGGCGGCGAGGUGUUUCUUGGCCAUCGGAGAAUACUUCAACCGCCUCCGAGCCCUCAGCUCCCUCUGGUUGACCCGUCCUCGUGAGGCAUAA